AAUAACAGACAAAAAAAAGCGUAUACUGUGGGUGGAAAAAAUACCAGCACUGUCUCCUGCCUCACCACAGAUAGCUGGAUGUCAUCGGACGUGUCUAUUCACAUCAGCAGAGUUGGGCAACGGCCAGAAAGCUGCACUGAUGGGAUGGAGAGCAGAUUCCACACAAGGCACGGACAGGACGUUGUUUAGCAUUGGACACCUGUGAUGGAGUACAUCUGGAGGACCUUGUUCAAAACAGGUUCCUGUUCCUUUAAGGGAGCUCCCCAAAUUCAGCGUAGUGACGUGCGUAUAUUCCAUAUUCAGAGAAAGUCCAGUGGCGGAGUGUGGAGUCUCCUACUGCGAGAGCAGUCUCCUCCGGGUGCUGAGCAAAAAGCAGAACAUUUUUUCAUCAUGAACACAGAUAAAGAUCCUGAAUUUACCACAACAGAGGAAAACGGGAUGGACGUUUGCAGUGAUGUUGCAGAUGUGAAGCCACAGCAGGAGGAAGAAGAGAGGGAAGAUAACUCAUGCAGUGAGAAUGGAAUGCACUGUGCUGAAGAUGUGACAGAUCCACAUGCAAUAAAGAUGGAGGCAAUGGAGAUGGAAGACGGCGAGCAGUACCCCAAGGCUGAAAAAGAAAGCGAGAUUGUGCUAAAAGAGGAAGCAGAGGGGGGCAGCGAGGACGGGACGGAGGAAGGAUUUGAUGAGGAGAGGACAGAGGAGGAGGAUGAUGAGGAAAGGGACGGGGAAGGAGAUGAAGAGGGAGACGGCCUGAAUGAGCCACAGGACCUGUCACUGGUGGACUACUCGCGUUACGACAGCACCACCCCCCCAGACGCCCACACAGCUGCUGCAGGAGCAGAAGGGACCUACGUGCCUGGAGCCGUGGCCCCCCGCAUCCAGGGGACAGGCAAGCUCAACUGUGACAUCUGCGGCCUGUCCUGCGUCAGCAUCAACGUACUGCUGGUGCACAAGCGCAGCCACACGGGUGAGAGGCCAUUCCACUGCCCUCAGUGCGGGGCCUCCUUCACCCAGAAGGGAAACCUGCUGCGCCACAUCAAACUGCACUCCGGGGAGAAGCCUUUCAAAUGCCCCAUGUGCAGCUACGCCUGCCGCCGACGGGAUGCUCUGAGCGGGCACCUGCGCACCCAUUCUGUAGAGAAACCGUUCAAGUGCAACCACUGCAAUCGCAGCUAUAAGCAGCGCAGCUCCCUCGAAGAGCACAGGGAGAGGUGCCAUGUGUACAUUCAGAGCAAAGGUCCCGCCGAGCGAGAGGACGGCCAGACAUCCAGGACUCAGAUGGGCACUGAGCGUGCUCUGCUGCUUGACAGGCUCGCAAGCAACGUAGCCAAAAGGAAGAGCUCCAUGCCACAGAAGUUCACCGGCGACAACGGUGUCUGCCUGGACCUGAGCUUUAACAGGGAGAUGGUGUACCAAAGUGACGUCAAGGACCCUCCAUCACUUCAACCACACUCCCCAGGGCUCGACCCCCACCAUCAGCAACAACCCAGCCUAACAGGGCCAGACAGCAGCCCGGCGCCCUCUCGCAGGCCCUUCCCCAUCCAGUUAGGCCGGAACGACAUCAGCCCAAUGGGCCUCACUAAUGGCCACAAGAUGGGCAUGCCGCUCCUGGGCCUCCCUCACGCCACCCAGCCGCCCCUCAGCAUGGACUCGUUCCACACUGACGGCUCACAGCCUGUCAUGUACAGCUUGGGGCACCUGCUGGGGGGGCUGCCUCCUCAGAACGGUAUUCCUCACCCACAUGCCCAGACCAUCCCCGUGUCGCCGCUGGAAGCUUUACGGGUAGUGCGGGCCGACGGGGAUGGAGGAGUGAUGCCCGGGGCGGUGUACCCCUGUGCCCACUGCAGGGUGAUCUUCCUGGACUAUGUCAUGUUCACCAUACACAUGGGGUGCCACGGCUUCCGUGACCCGCUCGAGUGCAACGUGUGCGGCCAUCGCAGUCGGGACCGUUACGAGUUCUCCUCCCACAUAGCCCGCGGUGAACACCGCCUAGAACUGAAGUAGCUUUCAUUCAUGCUUACACACACACACGCACUAACACACACACACACACACACACACACUCUCAGACAGAUAAAACUGUAUGAGCACACACACGCAAACACAGAUUUACUCAUAUAUGUAUCUGGUAGUAUCAGAAAUGAAAGCAUGAAGUAGCAGCUAUCUCUCUCUCAGUCUGGAGUUUGUGAGUGUGUACGUGUGUGUGUUGGUUCUUGUACAUCCUGCGUAGAGAGGACCAUGUUUUUAACCAACAGAGUGAGGAGAUUUUUGGGAAAUGAGGACAUUUCAGCCAGUCAUCACUUCUUCAAAGGCCUGUUUUAAGGGUUUAAAAUUUGGCUUUAAGGUUAAGGUUACAAUUAUGUUUAAGUUAGGGUAAGGGUUGGGCUUAGGCAUUUCGUUGUGAUGGUUAAAGUAAGGUAAGGGGCUUGGUAAGGCAGGAUGUUAAUGAGAGUCCUCACACAGAUAGAAGUCAAGGUUGUGUGUGUGUGUGUGUGUGUG